CUUCUAUAGACUAUCCCAUUUCUAGGCUCGCGUGCACCAACUAUGGCCCCCACGCGCACCGUCCUCGCCCUGCACGGUUACUGUCAGAGCGGUGCCAUCUUCAGCAAGCGAAUAGGCGCGCUCCGGAAGCAGUGCAAGGACGUUGAGUUUGUCUUCGUAGACGCGCCCCUCAUAUUAGAGCCCGCCGACAUUGCAGGGAGCUUCCCGCAGAAUACGGCGACGAAGGUGGAAAGUACGGAAGCAGCUCUCGCAUCCGUUGGCGCAGCGGAGGUGGCUACGGACGCCUCAAUGGUACCGCGCGGGUGGUGGAAGAAGGAUCCGACGUCUGACAAGGCGGUUGGGAUAGAGAACUCCAUCGCGGUGAUCAAGGAGGUGCUGCAGAAAAGGCGGUUCGAUGGCGUACUGGGCUUUAGCCAAGGGGCAGCAUUCGCGAAUCUCAUAUCUGCGCUGUUGGAAAGACCGGAGACGUAUCCUCCCUUCCUCGUCGACGGGAAGCCACCGCACCCGCCAUUAGAAUUCUGCAUCAACGUCGCCGGCUUCAAAGUCCGUGAUCCUCUGUUCGCAGAAACCUACGGCGCCGGGUACUCGACGCCUACACUGCAUGUCAUCGGCCGCAACGACGUCGUAGUCAUCCCGGAGCGCAGUCAGACGCUAGUGGACGUCGCGCUGAAUGGCCGGCUCGAACUCCAUGAUGGCGGUCACUUCGUACCCUCGAAAGGGCCGUGGCGCAAAUUUCUGGAGAGCUACAUGCGGCUGGGACCAGCUGCAGGAUUACCGUCGCCGUCAGGGAGCGCGGACUCUGCGCCCGCGUCCGGCACGGCAACUCCUAUAUAGACGAGUCGGGCUCGGCGACGACAAGGAUCCCAUUCAAUGUUCAGUGGCGGUGGCGGCCUUUUGUCAGGGAUCCUUACGCAUGUUUGGGCUUACCAAACGCGAGAUUCGUUCGCUCAGAGGUUCGUUCGCUACGAGGUUCGCUAUGAAGGGACCCGCCGG